GUCGAGGCCGCCUGCCGAGCGGCAACCCCCCCGACGCUCAGUGGUACCGCUUCCUUCGUAGCAAGCGUUACGCGCGCGUUCCUCUCCACCGCGUCCACGGUUCUCCAUGGAUUCUCAACCCUUCGAAAAGUGUCGUCGAAUCGUUGUCAUUCCCGAUCCGUUGUUUCGCUACCGAUCGCGGCUACUCGUCGGACAGUGAUAAUUUCGCCUCUGUUGGCCCACGGUUUCAUUUUCGCGCGGAUUUAACAUCCUUGCGAUAUACCGAGUGUUCUUGCCGAUCCGGUCGUAGCCGCCUGUUGUUUCGUUGCUCGCCGAUUAUCGGUACCGUUCCCGUACGACUUUCCCCUUCCGGCGAACCGGUGUGUCCAGCAUGUAGCGCUCGCUGUAAUUUUAAAGGACGAACGACUCUCUAUUGUCGUGUAUACUAAAGACUGGUAGGCAUCAUAACUGCGAGUGAUCGCGCGGAAUAGUUGCCAGUGUAUAGAACAGUCGUUUGGGAAACUGUUCAACGCGGAACCGAUGCUGUGCUUGUAAACUGACUUUCAUUUUCCGGGAUCCUCGUCCCCGUUUCGAUCUUGGCAAGAGGCUUUCAAGAGGGAACAGUAUCUCCACGAAUUCCGAUUCGUCGACGGAUGAUUCAGAGUUCCUGAUUGUGCGAUAUCGAUUGGCGUUUCAAUUGAUUGCGACUGGGAUGAUUCUUUUCUUACGUUGUUUGCAUGGCGAUAUGCAAAUACGAUGCGUCUUCUGAAGGUCCUUCAGGAUCAUUCUGCUAUAGCCAGACAUUUAUGCAUCUGCACCUAGUUAUAAAUCGUUACCCUGUCAAACACAGCAGUAAUAUGCGAUUGAAUUUUGUCGACAGUAAAGAUUCAAGUUUUGUAGUUAUGACGCAAUGAAAGGAGAAGAAUGCAGCACGGCAAAUGAGGCUAGAUGAGCCCGAACCUCAAGAAAGGUGCAUGCACAGAUUACAUUCAGGUCGUUUACGAAUCGCCGAAGCGCACAUCUCUCAGAGAAAACACAAGCGGAAACAAGUACGUGUGUGGAACAAUACGCGGCCCAUCCUUGGCCCGCCAUUUUGGCGGCAUGAUCCUUUGGGCCACUAUACUAUUCCUUCAAGGAGCUAGUUUCGUCGGUUCGGUGACAGGUAUACCUGGCGUUCCCGAGAAUAUAACUGUGAUGUUCCUGAAUCCGACGUCAGUCCGCGUCUCCUGGAGCACAAGUCAAGUCGAACAAGUGGAGAAGUACGAUGUCACAUACAAGCCAACGGACGCCAGAUGUUUCACCACAAAUCUACAUGUUUCAUCACAAAAUAACAAUAGGGAACACAAUAACAGUUACAGGGUGGUGGCGGUGGUUGCUGGAAAUAGCGAAGCGGUAACGUUGAGCGGACUCAAAGCUGACACUCAGUACCAACUGACCGUCACUGCCACCAAAGCUGGCGUAAAAUAUCGAAGUCGACCAAUCGUCUUCCGUACACUAGAGCCGCCCCGAACAUCCCCUCAACAGGAUGCAGCGGUGACUGGCGGCCCUCUUCCUCCUUCCCCACCUUCUUCUGACCAACCACAGCACUAUAUACAGGUCCGUGGCGUAGAAGUGGGUAUAGUGGUGUUGAUGUUGAUCUUUUGGGGAGGCGCGAUAGCGCUCUUCUUCAAUCGUUGGGGCAAGAUUCGCAUGUUGCUGCCAUAUCAACCCGACUACAAGGAACAGUUAAAGGUUCCUGGGACUGGGGUAUGCGCAGCGUCGAACUCCGCAUACACGCAACACCCGACUCAACACACCUGCUCUCAGCAUCUGCACUGGUCGAACCAUCAGAUGGACUCCUUGGAUAGCGGACCUGGACUCGGCUUGCCGAGAACCUCGAGACCACGAGUGAACAGCGCCAUCGAUGUGGCCGGCUUUGUAUCCCAGGAAUUUUUACGGAGGCACGGUUCCACCUCGAAAUUGUGUCGGAAGGUCCGCAGUGCAGACAAUUUACCACUCACAUCGUCGAAUCGACCAGAUCAACGAAAUUCGAAAGAAGAGGGCAUCGAUGGCGACAAAGAGUCCUUUCUAAAGCCAACUCCGGAAGAAAAACCAGAAGAUUCGAAACUGAAGGGGCAGACCGCCUUCAAAGGUGGUUCCAAGGAAAAUCAUCAGCAACAGACUUCAAGGGAUUCUCCAAUCGCGUCGUCAUCAUCAUUUGUUGGUCGACGCUUCGCAGGAUGGAGAGCCAGCGGAAGUCACGAAUACGUUCCCGUAAGACAACCUGCUUCCAUGGACGAACGGUAUUACCGACCGUCUUGCGUCCUCGACGCCCGUCCGCUCUGUCAUCACCACUCUCAUCGGCGAAUUGAUCACUCGAAGAGCUGCGACUACACGAGAAGCACGCCCGAAUCGAGCAUGGACGUCCAACACUUUGGUCUGCCCAUACUUAGCGUAAGCGAGCCAAGCCCGCCGGACGAGAACGACCGCGUGGACGAAUAUUUGUAGGACAUGCUUGCCGAGGACUUCCUCAAGGAGCUCCUCGUGUGACCACGCAUGAUCACUCUACUAUACUUCGCGCGACCCGAAACGUCGAGUAUACGCCGUUUCUUGGUAAACUCAAAGCAAACCUACCGAUCGCGCGCCGACAAGCUGAUUGCGAGACUUUCGUAAUUACGAUCGCUAGUUCGGGGACGGAUUUUCGAUUCGAUCGUCCACUUGAAAUCGAUUAUGUUCCGAUCGGACAGUAAGAAACGCGACGUUUCAUGUCAAUUUUAAAGACAGUUUUAACUCGAUCGUACACUGACGAACUGGAUGAACCGACUUGGUCGCGAGGCCCUAACCGAUUUACUAUUCGACGACGAUCAGUAAAUUCUUUUGCUGCGAUGCAGCAUCGAUUGUCGUUAAUUAUCCUUCAUAUCGUGUGUAUCGUCUCGAUGCGAAAUUCCUUACUAUUAAUCGGUACGAAACAAUCUCGAACAGUAAAAUUUUUACUUAUUAUUGUUGUAAUUGUCACAGUCGAAUGCCGAGGGGCGAAGGGGAACAUUCUUCCGUAAUGAUCAAUCAGACCUAUUUGAACAUCAAGAAAAUUGAAUAGUUGACGGAAAUUAGGAAGACGCAAUGAUCGCGUUUCAGUUCAAAGUAUUCGGAAGCCUUCGAUCUAAGUAUUCAGUGCUUUGAAAGAAUUCAGUUACAUUACAGAUUGAAAUGUAUUUUUCUUACAGAAAGACUUUCUUAUGUGUAGAAUGUACAAAGUAUUACAGAUAUUUUCGAAGUAAUAUGCGAACAAAAUAAAUCUUCGUACGCCAGAAAAGUAUUUUAACCGUUGCGGUUUUCUAGACAAAGUCUAUUAUAGUAGUCGAGCGAGAGUCUAAAUAGUUGAAUAGUCAAAACUAAGCAAUAGAUUAGUUAAUUAAAGUCUAAAUAGUAAACGUUACCGAUCAUUUAUACCAACAAAUUAAAUGUAUCGUACUAUAUUAUUUUACUAGGUAUUUAAAAUCAAUCUCAUAUAUUCGAUAAUUAAAAAAAGCAUACGAUUUCUAAUCCGUAUUUAGUUUCGGAUAAUUAAAGAAAAACAAAUUGUGGGUGUAAAGCAACAGAAGUGAUAACGACACAAUUUUAUUAACGUAUACGUUGGAAAAAUUAUUUUCUUAGUGAAAGUAAAUUUACAGUACAAUGUACCAGAAGAAAAUCAUAAGUUUCCCUUUCCAAAUUAACAGCAUUGACAUGACUUUACGAUGAUCCAGUAGUGUAUGAAACACGUGAUAUAAAAAAUUUGAUGAUUAAAUAAUUACCACAGUUUAUAAAUAGACUACGGAUUUUGUGUAUUUACGAAAAGAAGGAAUAGGUGCAGUCAAGAACAGUGGUUACUGAAAAAUAGUUAAAUGAUUCCAAUACAUCAUUUUGAAUUAAUUACAGUUAUUAAAGAAAGGUAGAAGCUCUGAGGAACUCCUGUUUCUUGUAACAAAUGCGGAACAUUUUUAUUUUGCAUAAAGAUCCGCAGUUUACUUGUAAACCACAGCUAAAAUCAAACUAAAAUUAUCGAUGUUUACAAAAAAAAUUUCAUAAAAUCAGGCUUACACAGUUGAUCUAUAAUACGUCAUUGAGAGCUGGAUACAGUGGAACAUUUCUCAGUAAAAGUCUAUCGGCUGUUGAAUGAAUUAUUUACAAGUUUCUCCGCAUACUAAUCGAACGAUAAAUUAAUGAAAAAUUUAGAGAGUUUCGUUAAAAAAUCUAUUAUAUAUUCUAUUUACAAUUAAAGAACAUUCUAAUGAACAUUUAAAAACAAUUUACUUCAAUGAUACAACUUCUCCCAGUAAUCUUGUAAUUUCGUAAUAGAUAUUCCAAACUCCGAAAAAUCCUGCGAAAAACUGAUUUAACAGGAGUUUUUGAAACCACCCUGCAUACUUUAUAUAUUAAAAAUAUCUCGCGUACCUUACUUUACCGAAACGAAGCUUUAUUGUUCGUUUUAAAUAGAACAUAUAGCAUCAAUAGGGAGAAGUUAAUAACAUAUGGAAACUUGAUUAUUAAAAAAUACUCUUUAAUCGUACGAAUGCUUUGAGAAUGUCAGAGCAGCAAAUUCUUUAACACUAAACCUACCAAGCACUAAUAAUAAUAAGAAUAAGAAUAAGAUUAAGAAUAAUAAUAAUAAAAUAAUAAUAAUGAUAAUAAUAGUAGUAGUAAUGGUAAUAAUAAUAAUAGUAAUAAUAAUAAUAAAGGCAUUUAUUGAAUCAUUUCUACUGAAAGUAUCUUCAUAAUUUCAAUAAUUGCGAAUUAAAUUGAUUACGAAACGCGAUCAUUUGAUCAGCAGUAGUAGGUUUAGUGGUAAACCGAUACAAAUCCGGAAUCUGCUGCUAUUGAUGAAAAUGAUUUCGAAGUCGAUAAUGUAACUAUUUCUUUUCCUUGCAUUCAAGAUUUUAUUCGGAGGCAUUCAAAUAUUUUUACAGACCAGUGUUGCAUUGUACAUAGAAGAAGCUCAAGAAUGAUCCAUAAUGUUGCUUCAGUCGAUUAUGGCUUCCUCUUUUUAAUACGAUUCUCAUCCAGAUAGAGCGAUAACCGUAAUUGCAAUUUCAAAUUGGUGUACGUAAACGUACGAACAAGAUCAUAAUGAUUCAUCUUGUACAGAAUGUCCCCUUACUUUACGUGUUGAUGUUUACUUCGUCAUAAAGUCUUUUUUAUGAGCAAGUCAAAUGCUGGAAGACGCAGGCAUGGUAGCCGGAGAAUUUUGCCAGAUUUCAAAUCGAACGAGUGGGAGUAGGUCACGUGACGCGACGGCCUUCGUUGACUCGUACUGUGCAGCAAGCGCCACGUGACUCAACCCCACCCCUUCGAUCUGAAAUCUGGUUUAACUUUAUGGCUACCAUGGACACGGGUAUCUAAAGUUUACGGGGACGAUAAUAAUAUCGAAGAAUAAUCAAUGUUCUCUCUUUAUUACAGCAAACAUUUAUAACCUUUGCAGAGAGUGCAUACGUGCUUUGUUAUUGUCACAGGAGAAUAUGUUUUUACGUAAUCGACAUAUUUACGGUGAAUUCACUACUACAAAAGAGAUUCCAUUUUUCUUGCGAAACGAUAACCGUCUUUCUAAUCACCAUUUUGAAUACUCAGCGGACAAAUAAAAAUUGUUGAGAGCAAGACGACGAAAAGGAGAAGCCAUAUCUCUACUAAACGACACACACACACACACACACAUACACGCGCGCGCGCAUUGGACCGAAUGUGUACCGAUGAAAAAUUAUAAUGAACGACGUGCUACGAUCGAAUUUCAUCGUGUAUUGUCAAUUGCACUGAUAAUUAGUAUACAAACGCUCCAGUCUAACGAAAGCUCUCCGAACGUCCCGUGGCCCUGUGCAACUCAAAAGGUUGAUCCGUACGUUUAAUCGAUGUUUAUUCCAAGUUAUACCGUUCUACAACGUAAUGGAUGUUUCGUGUGAAUACAUAAGGAUCGUAUUAUAUGUCGCCGUACGAUGUUCUGUGUCCUCUCUUUUUUGUCGUUCAAUCUUCCGUAUUUCAUUGUUCACUGGCACAGUGUAAAAAAGAAGAGGUGGACCGACUUUAUCCCUAUUCCUACGAUCUUAAAGAUUUACUUUUAACAUAGUCGGUUAGGUGCUCUAAGAAAUUUUCGUACCAUCGAUGAGAGUUUCUAUCGUGUGUGCGGUAUCCUCUACAGUAACGCUACCGAAGUAGUACCAUACUUACAGAAAUAUAAUUUUAAAAAGUAAUGUAUCGGUGAGCAACGAUGGAAACAUGAGCACCUCUCGCCGGAACUUAUUAAAGUAAAUUUUUAGAAUCACAGAAAUUUUGUGGUAGAGUAACCGUAGUUGAUCCGCCCCUCCUUCUUACGCUUUUUGUCUUCUCUGACAACCGACGUGAAAUUAUUCGACUGCGGUGCAACUCGCUAGGCUGUUGUACAUUCACAGACGUCUUUCAAGUGAACCUACGAUAACACCUAACCGAUUCUAGAUGUCAUACUAAUCGGAUAUUCUACGAAAUCGCGCGUAUCGAUCACCUUGUGCAGGACGAAUCAUAGGACGUUUGACACUUUUCAAUAUUUCGUAUAAUAGAAAGAAGAGAAUACAUUUUGCACACCCUGCACAUUGAGCAUAUUCUCCCAACGAGCAUACUGGAUCUCAAAUGUGUACGCUAUACAAUAAAGGAGUAUGAGGCAAGUAUUUAAUUGAUAGACGAAGCUUUGGAUUGCGGUUCUGCAUUCAAAAUAAAAAUUGUGGUGCAAGUUGAUUGUAAGAAAAAUAAGUCAGAUGAAACUAUCUUUCUUGUUUCAAUAAUUUUAAUAAGUUAUACACGAUAUGAAAAUAUUGUCAAAAUCUAAUAUCUCUAUAGUUUUGUUUUUAACCUGUUUAUUUUUGUAAAAGAUAUAUAAAAUCAGGAAUCUAAUGACAGCGUAUUGAUAAGAAAUUAAAGUUAGUUUGAAAAAAUAGUUGAUGUAUCACUGUUUCUUAAUUCUGUACUACAUGGACGCUUCUCAACAAAUCACACCAAAAAUUCACAAUAAUUCACAUUUUUUCAAAUAAAAAUUGUUGAACUGAUGUUGUAGCGUAAAUUGCCGCAAUAAAUAAUAAUAAUUGAAAUAUAUUUCUGCACGCAAUACGAACCGCAUGCUUGUUAGUCGUUUAUUUUUCUUCUGAAUUUUCUAAAAAUAGAGUCACGUUAUAUUAUAAGCAUUUUCUCUUUUCCGUACAUUUCGUAAUUCUUCGGAAAAUAGCAUAUCAUGUUACGAGUCCAAUUCAAUCCUUUAACUUCAAGCAUGUGUUCAUUCUAAUGAUCAUUCAAACGAAAAAAAUAAUAGUGAUUUGAAAAGAAGACUAUGAGUAAGUAUAUGUGCAACAGUAUUUUUUUUAAUCUUUAAAUCUCAUAUGAGAUUUAUUAAGAUAUUGAGAGAAUAUUUAGUGUACAGUAAAAAUGUUGGAUACAAAUAUAAAACAACACAACCUAAAACGAAAUAACGUAACGUAAAAAGAACUAAUAAAAUUGUCAAUAUUUCUGCUAUCAUUAUUGUUACAAUCUUUGCAUCACAGUAUAUACCAAAAUGACUUAUUGGUAUAUUUACCAGAAUGAUUUAUAAAAAUUACGUUUCCAAUGGCAUAUCGAUGUCAGUCACAGUUAAAUGGCUGAUUAUUCUCUACAAUCUUCAGAUUGUAACAACAAAAUGCGUUUAGUUCCAUUUUUGCUAUUUUUCCAAUUAAAUCUACACUCCGAAUUUAACGCAUUUAUGCCAGAAACGGGUAGAUCAAAUGCAAAAUAAUAAAAAUAUUUAAACGAUUUGAAAAUAUUAUCGUAUUAUUAUGAGAAAGAAAUAAAUGUCUGUGUAGUUUUUGCAUCUUGUAAUUAACGAAGACAAUUUUUAUUUUGCAUGAACAUCCGCAAUCUGACUAUAAUAUUGCCAUCGAAUUGCUGUGAUGUGUACCAUUAAUAAACGAAAUUAUUGCAAUUUGAUGUUUUCUACCUUCGAGUGCAUUUUUUAGUUGAUUUGCAAUUUUGUAUUUGUUUUCAAUGCGGUUGAUAAUUGGACAUUCUGGAAUGUCGCUAAUAGCCUAUAAUGCUGAUGCGGCUGUAAACUAACAAAAGAAAAAACAGUUCAUUUUUAGAUUUGUCACCUACACAUAAAAAAACUUGGAGCUUUUAUUAUGAUCAUUUCAAAGAAACACAUUCAAUUAUAGAGCGUACAAAAAAUGUACACACUCUCUACUCUUUAAACUAUACGAAAUACUGAAAUAUGUGAAACGUUUUAUCAUUUUAAGACGUGUUUCAUGUUGCGUUAGCUUUUGAAAUUAGUUUCCUCUGAAUCAUUCGAGUGACGUGUGUUACGUGACCCGAUGGACUGCAGAUUUUCAUGUAAAUAGAACAGACGAAGAUCUCGAGAAGAAUAAAAACAAAGUUCUUAUUUCAACGAGAAAAUAAUUUCCGACAACCUGCUAAAAAUUUGACACAGCGAAUUGAACUGUUUUGUGAUUCUUGGCAGCAAUGAGCAUUGAGUUCCGCAUAAAAAUCCGCAGUCUGUUUAUUAUGCAGGUGCUGAGACCGUGCAUCGUUACUAACAGUGCCAUGCAGAAAUGACUAAAACUAAAUAGAGCGCGAAACGCGAACCGGGUUUAUCAGAAACGCAGACAAUUUGAUAGAGCACGCGAACGGUGUGAGUAUAGUGAGAUCGUGUUGCGCGUCCACGGUGAAUACGAGCAAAAAUUUCUCUAUGUAUACGUUUCUGCGGAUAGGAGACAAAAUUUCGAAAGAGGCGCCGGCCGUAAACAACGCUGACAAUGAACGACAGACAAUGUACAUAAAGAUACGAGGGGAAUAUUAUGAAAGAAUAUAUUUUUUAGUUUAUUGAAAGUGUAUAAGAAAGUAGAAGACGAAGGAUACGCUUCAUUCUCUGGAUAAUGAAGUGGAGUACAGGUGUGCGUGUAGAUCGUUCGAACAUGAAGUCGUCUUAUAGAAAUCUUCAUGACUAAUUAUUAUUAUUAUUAUUAUUACUAUUAUUAUUAUUAAAUUACUUUGCGAUUUUA